UUUUAUUUGUAACCAAUGGUGCUAAUGGAGUCAAUAAUGGUGGUCUUCUUCUUUGUGCAGACGAAGGUCUUUUUUCUCUUUUGCAAUCGUACUCUAAAUGGAUUAUUCCUCUGCUUCCCUCCUUAGGAUCUGUGCGGCUGCAAUCACGAUUUUGGGUACGGUUUCAUUUCUGAUUUAUGAAAAAUUCAUCAGAUCCAAUCCGCAGAAGAAGAAGAAGAUAACGGCUUCGUCUCGCAAUUGGGAACACAAUGUGUUCUCGAGCUUCAGCUCUGUAGAUGUACCCAAAUCCUUUCUCAGUAGGAUUAGGAAAGAGUUAAGAAGAAAGGGUUUCGAGCCACUAAUCGAUAAUGAAACCGAGAGGUGCGUGUCGAUCGGACCUGAGCUCAGAAACGCGAUUAGUGUCUCGAGAAUCGUGAUUGUCGUGCUCUCAAGGAACUACGCUCUCUCUCCGUGGUGUCUCGACGAGUUGGUGGAGAUAAUGAAGUGCAAAGAAGAGUUGGGUCAAAGAGUGGUGACUAUUUUCUAUAAUUUGGAUCCAAUUGAUGUAUUGAAGCAGACUGGAGAUUUUGGGGAUAAUUUCAGAAAAACACGAAAGGGUAAAACAGAUGAAGACAUUUGGAAAUGCACUAGAGCUUUGGCGGAAUUGCCUAGAGUCUAUAAACUUACCAGCCGCUUGUUAGUCUUCUUAAUCUUUCUUAACACAUGAAAGUAAUUCACAGUUUUUUAAUAUGUGUUUGAUGACUAUGUUUAGGUCCAUAAAGAUUGAUGAUACGGCUAUGAACAAGCACAGAGAAGAAUGUGAGAGAAAAAACAAAGAGGACAUUGAUAGAUGGAUUAAAGCUUUGGAGCAAGUGGCCACAAUCGAUGGUUACCGUUCACGCGACUGGGAUGAUGAAAAGGCUAUGGUCAAAAAAAUAGCUAAUGAUAUUUCUAGUAUAAUGAAUAAUUCCACUCAAUCAAGUGCUUCCCAAGGCUUAGUUGGGAUGGAAGCUCAUAUGGAAAAGAUGAAAGAGCUGCUAGGUCUGGACUCAAAUAAAGUCAGAUUGAUAGGUAUAUGUGGUCUUCCUGGGAGUGGUAAAACCACCAUCGCUAAACGUUUAUACCAACAACUCCUUCCUCAAUUCGAAUUGAGUACUAUCAUUAUUGAUAUCAAAGGAUGCUAUCCAAGAACUUGCUACAAUGAGGACGACAGGAAACUGCAGUUACAAAGCCAUUUACUGUCUCAACUAUUAAAUCACAAGUUUACUGGUGAGAUUCUUCAAUUGGAAGCUGCACAUGAAAUGUUGAAAGACAAGAAAGUGGUACUUGUUCUUGAUGAUGUGGACAGCAUAGGACAAUUAGAUGCCUUGGCAAACGAAGCUCGGUGGUUUGGUCCUGGAAGUCGGAUUAUCAUCACAACACAAGAUCAAAGACUUUUAGAGGAACAAGGGAUCCAAUAUAUAUACAACGUGGAUUUUCCGCCACCUAAUGGAUUACUUCCCACUGUCUACAUAUACUGCGAAGAUACACUACAAUACUCCUUCGCCAGCCACCUCUCCAUGGAUUUUCGCCGGAAAGGAAUUUCUGCAUUUGUAAAUUACAGUGAGACUCUGGAUGUGAUUGAGAGAGUUAGCGCUUCCGUGCUGGUUUUCUCAAAGAGCUGCGUCUCCUCCACCUCAUGCCUGGACAUGCUCGUGAGGGUCUUUCAGUGUCGGAGGAAAACCGGCCAGCUGGUGGUUCCUGUGUAUUAUGGCAUUAGUUCAUCAGAUGUGGUGGUGCAGGAGCACAAGUCAGUGGACCGGAUAAGAGAAUGGAGUAGCGCACUCCAAGAACUGAGAGAAUUACCAGGCCACCACAAUAGGGAGGAAUGCAGUGAGAGCGAACUUGUGGAAGAGAUUGUCAAAGAUGUGCAUGAGAAACUCUUUCCCACGGAACAAAUCGGAAUCAACUCGAGGCUGCUGGAGAUGGAACAUUUGCUUUGCAAGCAACCAUGGGGUGUCCGUCGCAUAGGAAUUUGGGGUAUGCCCGGCAUAGGCAAAACUACACUUGCUAAAGCAUUUUUUGACCAAAUCUCUGGUGGCUAUGAAGCUUCUUGUUUCAUCAAACACUUUGACAAGGCUUUUAGUGGGAAGGGGCUUCACCGUUUGCUGGAGGAACAUUUUGGGAAAAUUUUGAAGGAAUUGCCUCGUGUAUGCAGUAGCAUUACGAGACCUAGCCUCCCCAGGGACAAAUUAAGCAAGAAGAGAACUCUUGUUGUUCUUGAUGAUGUGCACAAUCCUUUGGUUGCCGAGUCUUUUCUCGAAGGGUUUCAUUGGUUCGGCCCGGGAAGCCUAAUCAUCAUAACGUCCAGAGAUAAACAAGUGUUCCGCCUUUGUCAGAUCAAUCAUGUGUAUGAGGUUCAGAGCUUUAAUGAGAAUGAGGCUCUGCAGCUGUUCUCUCAGUGUGCUUUUAGAAGAGAUAUAAAUGAACAAAAUCUGCUGGAACUAUCACUGAAAGUGAUUGACUAUGCUAGUGGAAAUCCAUUAGCUCUCAGCUUUUACUGCAGAGUGCUUAAGGGAAAGGAACUUUCAGAAAUGGAGACUACAUUCUUCAAACUCAAACAACGAACUCCAUAUAAGAUUUUUGAUUUGUUCAAGAGCAGCUACGAAACACUUGAUGACAACGAGAAGAACAUUUUUCUGGACAUUGCUUGUUUCUUCAGUGGAGAAAAUGUUGACUAUGUGAUGCGACUACUUGAGGGGUGUGGUUUUUUUCCACAUGUUGGGAUUGAUGUUCUUGUGGAGAACUGUCUGGUGACUAUUUCAGAAAACAGAGUGAAAAUGCAUAGAAUAAUCCAAGACUUUGGCCGAGAAAUAAUCGAUGGAGAAACAGUACAGAUCGAGAGGCGUCGCAGACUGUCAGAUCCUUGGAGCAUCAAAUUCCUUCUUGAAGAUGACGAACUCGAAGCAAAUGAAGAUCCCAAAGCAACAUAUACUCGUACUCUGGGCACUGAAGAUAUCGAAGGCAUACUUCUGGACACAUCGAACUUAACAUUUGAUGUGAAGCCUGGUGCCUUUGAGAAUAUGCUAAGCCUUAGAUUCCUGAAGAUUUAUUGUUCCAGUUAUGAAAACCAUUAUAGCCUCCGCCUUCCGAAAGGACUUAAGUUUCUGCCUGAUGAGCUAAGACUCCUCCACUGGGAGAACUAUCCUUUGCAAUCCUUGCCACAAGACUUUGAUCCAUGCCACCUUGUUGAACUCAAUCUCUCUUACAGUCAGCUUCAGAAACUUUGGGCAGGAACCAAGAGCCUCGAGAUGCUGAAGGUGGUCAAGCUUUGUCAUUCCCAACAGCUUACUGCGAUUGACGAUAUUUUAAAAGCUCAAAAUAUCGAGCUAAUUGAUCUCCAAGGCUGUAGAAAAUUGCAGAGGUUUCCAGCCACGGGUCAAUUACAACAUCUCCGAGUUGUAAAUCUCUCAGGUUGUAGAGAGAUCAAAAGUUUCCCAGAAGUUUCACCAAAUAUUGAGGAACUACAUCUCCAGGGAACUGGCAUAAGAGAAUUACCAAUAUCCAUUGUGUCCCUCUUCGAACAAGCUAAGUUGAAUCGAGAGCUUUUCAAUCUCCUACCAGAAUUCUCAGGUGUUUCAAAUGCUUGGAACAAUGAGCAAUCAACAAGCCUGGCCAAAUUAGUCACGUCUACUCAAAAUCUUGGCAAACUUGUUUGCCUGAAUAUGAAAGAUUGUGUUCAUUUGCGAAAACUGCCUUACAUGGUUGAUUUCGAAUCUCUUAAAGUUCUUAAUCUGUCUGGAUGCUCAGAUCUCGACGAUAUUGAGGGUUUCCCGCCAAAUCUGAAAGAGUUAUAUCUUGUUAGCACUGCCUUAAAAGAACUUCCACAGCUUCCCCAAAGUCUAGAAGUCUUGAAUGCACAUGGUUGUGUGUCUCUUUUAUCAAUUCCUUCCAAUUUUGAGCGGCUUCCUAGGUAUUACACAUUCAGUAAUUGCUUUGCUCUUUCUGCAAGCGUGGUCAAUGAAUUUGUAAAGAACGCUCUGACUAAUGUAGCACACAUCGCGAGAGAGAAACAGGAACUCAACAAAUCUUUGGCUCUCAACUUUACUGUGCCUUCACCUGAAAGUAAAAAUAUCACAUUUGAUCUGCAACCAGGGUCUUCCGUGAUCAUACAACUGGGUUCUUCAUGGAGACUCAUUCGCGGUUUUGCUAUUUUAGUCGAAGUUGCAUUUUUGGAGGAAUACCAGGCUGGUGCUUUUAGCAUUAGUUGUGUUUGCAGAUGGAAAGACACUGAAUGUGUAUCUCAUAGGCUGGAAAAAAACUUCCAUUGUUGGAUUCCAGGGGAAGGUGUUCCCAAGGAUCACAUGUUUGUCUUCUGUGAUUUCGAUAUGCAUCUGACUGCCUGUGAAGGAAAUGACUCCAGUAUAUUGGCUGAUCUUGUCGUAUUUGAAUUCUUUACUGUGAACAAGCAGAAAAAGCUUCUAGAUGGGAGUUGUGCAGUGACGAGAUGUGGAGUCCAUGUUUUUACUGCUGCAAAUGAAGAUACUAGUUCUAGCAUGACUAAACCAUUUUCGUCCUCGGGUUACCUGCAGGAGAUUUUUGAUAAUGAAGUUGAGGAAUUGAGGGUUAUCUAUGAUGGCUUAGACGAGAAUGAUAGAAAUUUAUUACUUUACAUGGCAUAUCUGAAUGGCGAGGAAGCUGAUUUCUUGGCACCCCUUAUAGCUAGCACUGGCUUGGGGAUUAGUUCUAGGCUCAAUGUCUUAGCCAAUAAGUCUCUCAUAAACAUAUCUCCGUAUGGUAUCAUAGUACGGCAAGGUUUACUUAAGAAAAUAGGUAGGGAGAUAGUCUAUAGAAGUGUUUACUUAAGCAGCCUCAACGACACUCUGCCUGGUAGCUCAACAGUGUCGUUGAGGCUGGCUGCGGUUAAAGAGCCUAAAGUUACAACGUUUAAAGUCCCGAGAGUUAGAAGUGUGAAACAAGAUGAAUUUAAUGCUAAAAUUAAUGCCUUUAUCAGCCGAUUUAAGCAAAAACCUCAAUAGGUAUAAUGAGAUGGUGAAGAAAAUAAACGACGGGUAAAAUUUUUUUUUUAAACAAAAACUCUUGGGAUUGUUUCUUAACUAUGUAAUAAUUUCUUGACAUUUAAAAAAAAAAUCUUAAUUUUGUUAGCUUGUCAAAACGAAACAGCAAUCAAAGUUAAGAUUUAUCCCUGAAAUGCAGAUUCUACCUGAUAGGCAAACGUAUCAAAGAACAUGAUAGUAGUAAAUCUAAAGGUUUCAAAACAAGGUUUCAACAAAAAAUCCCAAAAAAGUGAACAAUUUCAUCUUGAAUCCUCCUCUCCUUAGUCUGCCUUGGAAGCAAGAGCAGCAGCUUGACCUCUGAGACG